AUGUCGAACAACCUCACUGCAUCGCUCACCUUCCCCGAGGGCCACUCGCUCAAGUCGCUCGAGUUUCCCGUCGGCCUCUUCAUCAACAACGAGUACUCGCCCGCCAGCGGCGGCGAGACCAUCGAGGUCCGUGCUCCCGCCUUUGACAAGGUCAUUGCCCACGUCCCCCGCGGAACGGCCGAGGAUGUCGACCGCGCCGUCGAGGCCGCCCAGAAGGCGUACGACACCGUCUGGGGCGAGCGCUGCCCCGGCCACAAGCGUGGCAAGCUCCUCAUGCAGCUCGCCGACCUGUUCGAGCAGCACGUCGAGCAGCUCGCGUCGAUCGAGGCGCUCGACAACGGCAAGGCUUACAACAUCGCCAAGGCGUUCGACGUCUCCGAGGCCGCCGCUUGCCUGAGGUACUACGGCGGCUGGGCCGACAAGGAGCACGGCAAGGUCAUCGAGGUCGACAACUCGAAGAUGGCCAUCACCAAGCACGAGCCGAUCGGUGUUAUUGGUCAAAUCAUCCCCUGGAACUUCCCUCUCCUCAUGUUCGCCUGGAAGCUCGGCCCCGCUCUCGCCUGCGGCAACUGCAUCGUCAUCAAGGUUGCCGAGACGACUCCGCUCUCCGCCUUCUACGCCACGCAACUCAUUGCCAAGGUCUUCCCGCCUGGUGUCGUCAACGUCGUCACUGGCUACGGUAACGAGGUCGGCGCCGCCAUCUCGGGCCACAUGAAGAUCCUCAAGGUCGCCUUCACCGGCUCGACCCUCGUCGGCCGCACCAUCAUGCAGGCCGCCGCCAAGUCGAACCUCAAGCCCGUCACGCUCGAGCUCGGCGGCAAGUCGCCCAACAUCAUCUUCGACGACGCCGACAUGGAGCAGGCCGUCUCGUGGUCCGCGUUCGGCCUCUUCUUCAACGCCGGACAGUGCUGCUGCGCCGGAUCGCGAAUCUUUGUCCAGGAGAGCAUCUACGACGAGUUCCUCGAGAAGCUCACGGCCAAGGUCAAGUCGAUGAAGGUUGGCCAGCCCUUUGCGGCCGACUCGUUCGUCGGCCCGGCGACGAGCAAGCUCCAGUUCGACCGCAUCAACGCCCACAUCCAGUCGGGCAAGGACGAGGGCGCCAAGGUUCACGUCGGCGGCAACCGCCACGGCGACGAGGGCUACUUCAUCGAGCCCACCAUCUUCACCGACGUCACGCCCAACAUGCGCAUCGCUCAGGAGGAGAUCUUCGGCCCGGUCCUCGUCGUCCAGAAGUUCAAGGACGAGUCUGACGUGGUUGCCAAGGCCAACGACACCAUGUACGGUCUCGCCGCCGCCAUCUUCUCCCGCGACAUCUCGCGCGCGAUGCGCAUUGCCAACUCGGUGCACGCGGGUACCGUCUGGCUCAACUGCUACAACCAGCUCAACUCGCAGGUUCCCUUCGGAGGGUUCAAGCAGUCUGGUAUCGGGCGCGAGCUCGGUAGCUACGCGUUGGCUAACUAUACAGCGGUCAAGGCGAUCCACAUCAACCUCUCCCAGCCGAACCCGCUCUAA